AUGCCACGCAAACGACAGACAUCAGACCAACCACCCAAAAGGGGGAGACGGCAAGACGGCCAAGCCCUGCCACCCCCUGAUCCACAACCUGUCAAGGGUAAAAGUCAACAAUCGAUGGAGACCCCACAGUACCCUUCUCAUUCUCAGUUAAGUUUACCGGCCCCACUGCAGGGUACAGAGGACCAUCAAAAUCUGCAGAUUCCACAGCAGCAUAUACAGACAAUUUCGCUUCAGACUUCGCAAGGCCAUCAAUCCAGUCAGCUCCUGGGGGAAGUUGAUACUGAAUUAUGGUUACCUAAGCCCUACAUUACAUCACAAACAACACAAAAGUGCUUCGACUACAACUUCAGGGGCAUUUGCACAAAAAUACAAUGUCAUUAUUCUCAUUCAUGCACUCGUUGUAGUGGCCUGCACCCGCAAGUUAAUUGCAACCCAAAUAAACCCCAGUUCUAUACACCUUAUGGACAAAAAUCGGGCCAAUCAUCUUAUCGCCGCCCAAGCCCCAUAUACACCUCGUCCAAUCACCAUGCAGGGUUUCAAAACCAACAGCAAUAUUGGAAACAGCAGUCACCACAACCACACAAAUUCAGUAAUGCAGGCAACCAAAAACAUGGGAACUAG